AGUAUAUGAUUCGUCGAGAUCAUGGCAGAGUCAGUACAACUUCUGCUGUCUGUUGAGAUUCUAAUCUGUUGAAGAUUUCGGACGCGUCGUGAUGUGAGGACCCUCGAGUUGUACACCAAGAUAGAAAUCCGACUCAGUGAGUCACCCAGAUAAUCACUUUCACUCUACUCAUCGACAGGAGUUUUUCUCUCGCAUGCAACCUCUCAUCUCUGCUGUUCCUCUCCAGGAAUAAGAUAGAAUCGCUUGUUUUCCCACUCCUGAUAGAAGGAUAGAAGAAGAGGAUUUCGAUUUUCAUACGAUUUUCUGAUCUCUAUCAACAAAAACUUGAUCAGAAAUAGUUUCGACGUAGAUCUAGGAAGAGAAUUUGGUGCAAAGAAGGCACUUCUGUACACUAAGAUAAGUAACGGCGAACAAAGAAGAUAACGUCCAUACUACUUCCCUGUUCUACAAAACAAAGAUAUUAACGUCCAGCAUACUAGACUCCCUCUACUACAUUUACUCCUGAAAAAUAGGUACAACUACAACAAAUUGAAUUUUAUGGACGAAUUUAAGCUAGCUUAAAUUUCUGUUAAUACACCACGCGGCAGGAACAACAGAGAUCUUCUCUCCUCUCUUAUUUCGUUUGUACGUUGGUGCAUGGCGACUCCUCUCAUAUUUCGUUUGCAGUUGGUUUAACUAAAGACACAACAAGAUGGCGGAGUCGGUUACGUUUUCGAUUGUCGCAUUCGGGAUCAUACACGGGCUGAUGGGCCUAGGCUUUUUGCUGUUCGGCUCAAUAGUUAAGACAAAACGACAACUCACACUCACUUGGCAAUUAAGUAAAUAGUAGUUUGUCGUAUGGUACUAAUAAAUAGUAGUUCUUUUUACUUAGUAGCCUUCCUGUAGUAGUAAAAGACAAUGUUUUUGUUGCCUACUUGUCUACAAGUCCGCAAACAUUCACUUAGUACGUGACUUGAGUCGGGGUCGUGUAGUAGUUCUUAGUAGCUUGUCGUAUAUUACUAAUGGCCUGUGCUUUGUAAAAGACAAUGACAAAUCCAUCUUCCGUAAUUACGCAAUGUACAAUCCUGGUAAGACUUCCUCCGUUUUGACAGUGGGUAAAAAAGAUUGUUGUUGUUGAAGAAGAUGGAUUUAGUUUUAGAGGAGCAGAUGUGGAUUCGUAGAAUACAGUCAAUCUCAAUUCGUACACGUUUUAGGGCAGAAGAUGACGAUCUUCUAAUGUCAGUCUCAGCGAGACUUACGAGAAACACGAUGGCAAAAUACCAGACCAUGCAUACACUGCGUUCGAAUGGUACCUGACCUUCUCUUAAGGCUUGAGGAAAUCCAUCUUGUUCCACCUUAGCAUCCUGGUGUUCCAGUUCUUUCUGAUGGGGAACAGCAGGGGCAUCUCUGUCUUCCCGUUCUGGAGGAGAACAACACCAGGAGUACAACGGAGAUGCUCACCAAGAUGGAUCGACUUCUGCAAGGUAGGUCUAACUCUCCGUGUUGCAAUUCGCAUGCUGUGGCUUCGCGUUCAAGUGGAUUGCGAUACUCAAAGAUCCUCGGCAAAAGAACAUUGCCGACGCUCUUCCGCUCUCACCUAGGAAAUAUGCGAUCGCUCUACUCUACCGAAGUGGUCUCUUUUUAUGGCUCAAAACAGAUAAUCAUAAUGUCUACAGGCGAUUGUGGAUUGAUAGAGAAGUCAUUCUCAAACCUCACACUCGUCAGGCCGUUUGCAUUUUUCCUUAUUUCCUGCUUAGCCUAUCGACAUCGAGAGCUAGAGAAAAGAUAUUUCGUGCAGAGGUUUUAGCCUGCAGUUGGCUUAGUGGUUUAGGCGUUGGCCUGUUCACUUAUCAAUUCCAACAACCUACAAUCUAGCAUCAUCAUCAUCAUCAUCAUCGUCAUCAUCAUCAUCAUCAUCGUCGUCAUGAUGUGAGCUCCUCUAAUCUUUCUGUACGUGUUCGGCUGUAUCGUGAUUCUGGUCGUGGUGUUUGUGCGGUUCCUUUAUGCACAUAAGUUUGGCGGAGAGAUAUGGGAGAUGGCCUACGGACACGCAAAAGUGAAACAACAAGUGAGAAUUUAUGGCAAAUAAAGUAAAAAUACUACAUCAAUAAUUAGAAUCAUUGUUUGAGUACUAGACUAAGUGAGAAUAAUUGAGUACUAGACUAAGUGAGAUUAGUUGAGUACUAGACUAAGUAAAAAUAUAGAUCAAGGAAUACGUCGGUACUGCGACUAGGUGCUACAUGCCUUUUAGGGAUCAGGCACAGAAUAGAAUAGACGAGGUAUAACUGAACCUAACCUAACGACCUCUGAUAGACUUUUUAGUCUUACAACUUAUCUUCUCGUAUGCCAAUCGAGCAUACAAGAACAGUUGUUGCUGUGAUGCAAUAAAUGUCCACACGAGAAGGCAAAAGGGACCACACCUAUCAUAAACCAUGAUCAUGAAGAGGUCGUGAUAUGACCGAGGCAUAGAAAAAUAUGUGUGCUAUAGCUAUAGGCGACCUAUGAUCAUGUUCUAAUAUAGGAAGUGACCUACAAUGAUGUUCUUCUAAUAUGACGCAGAUAACCUCCAAGGCCAUGCUUUCCCAACUAUGCAGGAGGUACCGAAUUUCUUGGCUUUCGUCGUACCUUGGCUGAAUGCAUUCAGUGGCGCGCUGGCGUUAUGCUACGUACCCCACUUCCGAGCAUCUGUUUUGCAUUGCUGCUCCUGUUGCCCUACUCGAGUUCCAGUCACCGAGGGAGAGCAAGACUUCUUUGCUGACGAUAUCCAAUUAAGGCUCUGCUCAUGCUUGUUGUUCUUGAUUUUUGAUGACGAUACAGCUGCUGAUGGUAAAAUGAUACUUCUUCAUUCGACAGCACAAGAACUAGUACCGUUCCUCUCAUCCAAAAUACCUCGUCUAAUGUAAACCGCUAUGCUGGCGAAGAAUGAUGAGGAUGAUGCGAUGCUGAACGAAGACGUCUUCUUCGCGCAGACAUCUGCCAAUAUUGCUAUUGACGAUGCUGCGCACGACGAACUACCACAAGAACACGUUACAGAGUAUACGCAGACGAAGUUGGGUUCGGGCCAAAAAGUUGUCCUAGUGGUCUUUGAAGUCUUCGCUGCUCUCAAUCUUCUCGCUCCCACUGUGAAUUUCGCUCUCCGUAUGCGAGAAUUCGAGAACCCGAAUCAGUUUGCGGCUCUUUAUGCUUCUCUUAUGGCGAAGUUGAUAGAUCAUAAGUGCGCUUAGUUCAAGAUCAAAGGCAUCUUCUUCUUCUUCUUCGAGUGACGGCACAGGUAGACAACAAUAAAUGCAAGAAAUGUAGUAGUACUUACUAGUAUAAUCUUUUAGAUUUCUUGUUGUUCCUAAGAAGUCUAGUAUUUUUCAUAUUUUGAUGGUGUUUGUUUCCCAAGAACUAAAAUCUUGGUCUUGUGGCUUCGUUUCUAGUGCUAUGAAAAGAAGCAUCAGGAGCAAGACCAUCCUAAUGCUCGUUUUUCCUUGGUUCUAUAAAUAUAUCUCAUCCUCCUGAUGCUUGCUCCAGAAGAUUCUUCUAAUUUGCACAAUCUUGCAGAAUGGUGUUGCGGUCUUUUGUUCGCUGCCUUUCUAGGUAACUUGAUCACUUAUGCGGCUAUUUUGCGCCAAGCCGCCGAAAAUCGAGGAGGAAAUAAGGAUGGAGCCGUUUCAUAUGGUGGGGAGCAGGAGAUCAUUAUGGGUAGAAGAACAACUAAGAAAUAAAUUUGCACCCCUAAUUAAAGAUGCUUUACCCCGUGAGUGGGCACAUCCACAUCAAUCAAUCAAUGAGCUCUCUUCUUCGACGGUUGUCUAUUGAAGUAAUAAGAUUCUGAUCAUUUCUACCAGGACUCGUUCCUUUGUUUGAGAGUAGCAUGAAAUGGAUGAUAGACCGAAUUUGCAUGCUUCCGGGGUACUAAUUUUACCUCGUGGUCUAGGUUAGAAACCUAGAGGAGGAGGAGUAGCAGUCGAUCUUUUACUACUAGCUCUGAUUUGUUCCACUGUUGCUAUUAGUGCUAUUAGUUCAAUUCCACCACUUAAAUACUAGUUCAAUUCCACCACUUAAAUUACUUAGUGCUAUUAGUUCAAUUCUAUCUCUAAUAACACCCCAGCCGAUGUGGAGGAGCCUUUGGUUGGAGGCGAGGAUAUUGAGGGUCGUAAGAAGGCUCAAUCUAAGAAGGCUGCAUCUCCAGAUGAUGAACAGCCUUGGAAGCGACGCGCAGAAUCGGAAACAACACGCGAUGUCUUACUUCUUUUAAGGCGACCAUUUAUUUGUUGGAUCAUUCACUACAUCCAUCGACGUUUGGUUCAAUGUUGUAGGACAUAAGUAGUUGAAGAAGAUGAAGUUGAACGUGAAUCGUGAGAACGCCCAUGAAGACAUAUUUUUCAGAGUCAGGGAGCAUUUUUCUGUAAAUAAUGAUCAUAUAGUUCUUGAUGUCGCCCGCCCACCAUCCCGUCCUCCACGUCGCUCUAUGUUAUUUUCCAUGUUCUUCAUGUUCAGUAGCUCCCUCGUAGAAAACCUUACCUACCUAAGCCUUAGUUCCUAGUGCUGAGUUUCCCCUUGUUACCUUACCUACCUCACCACGUCAUUCUCUUGUGCCACGCUUCCACCUCACCACGUCACCACUCUUGUAUCUUACCUCACCACGUCACCGCCACCUCUAAUCUACGAAUGCGGAGCACUCUUAACCGAAGACGGUCGCUUGCUUCCGCGAACAACUAAGUCGUCCAUCUUCUUCAAAGCAUGGCGAUUGGUUAUCGGAUCUCUCUUCGUGGUUCUUGCUGGCCUGUACGUCUGGAAAUUCGUAGAAACAUGGGAGUGGGACGCGAUUAAGGCCACAUUGCACAUUGCAUUCUUCACUACAACCAUCCUUGACUUGUUUUCCACUAGGAGAGGGGUCUUCUACUGGGAUGUCACUACCAUCCUUGAGGACGUGUUUUCCAGUAGGAAACGAAAGGUGUCAACAACAGGUGGGAUGAUGUGAAGAAUGCAAAAAUUCCGCAACCUCCUCUAAGAAUAAGCCGGUUCUCGUGGGCCGUCCCGCAACCUCCUCUACGAACAGCAAUUCGGCCGGGGGUCCCAAGCAGUGGUAUAAGAAAGAUCAGAGUUCCGAAGGGAGGACCGGGAAGUGGAUGUUGAAAAGAGCCUUUUAACAGAAGUACUAUAACAAAUUGUAUGUACUUAACUAGGACUAGGAGGAGAAAGAUCCAAGAUGAAGAUCAUAAGUAGCACAACCUAAGUAAGUGAUAGGAAGAUUCAAAAGGCCAGGAAUCGAAUUAUUGUACAAUCCCUUAGGAAACUAAAAUCGAAGUAGAUGUCGAUAAUCGAGAAACUAAAAGGUAGAUGCUAGCUUGCAUGUACCUUCUCUGAUUUAAUCUUCAUUGAACAACUAGACAUAGACGUAGUACUAGACGUAGAUAGUUGGACAAUUUGUUAUAAUACGAAUCUUACCUCCUGAUGUUAAUAUUUGAUUCACAACAACCUACAUAAUUUGGAAUUGAAACUAAUUUGGGAUUUGACUCAAUAAACACAACCAUGUUAUCCGCCAUUUGAUAGCGGCAAUUUGUUUGCGGAAAACACGUGGGAAUUUAAUUAAGAAUAUUACGCAACAGUAAUGAAGAACUACAUGGAUGACCUAAAUCCAGCAUCGCUGCGCCACAUCAUUCUUUGUUGCGAGAAAAAUGAAAGACACGCAAAAAAAAAAUAAUCAAAAAACAAAAAAAAUGUAACAAUUUCUUGUGAUACUUCCCUACUUGUUGUUGUAUUUAGUAGUUUGAUGUUGGUUUUGGGGGUGGAAUUUUCUUAACCGAUCACGACAUUACUACUUGGCAUUUCUUCACAAGUAGUACUAAAAGGCAUGAUUGGCAGAGACAUUUCUGAUAUCCUUUCAAAUGAACUUAAUGGGGACAUUCAAAAUUUUUAUGCGCUGACUUGUAUAAGAAAAU